CCCGCGGAAGGGAGCGAGGGAGGGGCGGCGGGGCCGCCGGCUCCUGCCCUCCGCUAGUGCUUGAUGGCCACAGCAGGACACUAAACAAUAUCAGAAAAAACACAGCAUUAAGAGUUAUAAUUUCCACACGACUGGCUGGAAAUGCAGUUGUCACUGCCUUCCUGGUGCAGCAUGGCAUUUGGACCUGGUGUUCUCUGCCUGUUCCUAUGGACAAUAACAGGUUCCAGUUGUGAGCAGUGCAGAGAAGGAGCCACAUACUCAGGUGCAGUAAUAUCUCCCAACUUAGAAACCACUAAAAUCAUGCGAGUUCCUCACGCUUUGUCAGUGUCCGACUGCAUCGCGGCGUGUUGUGACCUCUCUGGUUGUGACUUGUCUUGGAUGUUUGAACGGCGCUGUUACAUCGUGAGCUGCCAACACAAGGACAAUUGUGAACCUAAAAAAAUUGAAACUGUCAAGUCCUACCUUACCUUUGUGCUGAGGCCUUCUCAGAGGCCAGCCUCACUGCUAGGGUUUGGGCAAGUGAUCCCAAGCAUGGUCCACUCCGUGGGACUCCAGAAUGAGCCGUCAGAGGACGUGAGUAGCCUGAAGAAGCUGUCUCUGCUUGGAAAAGAUCCCAGCCUUGAGGAGAUACCUGAGUACAUUGAUGAUUAUAAAGAGUUGGAGCAGGACCCCUUUCAGGUGGGCAUCAAACACGAGCAGAAGGACAGUAUGGAUUAUGCUGACUGGGGCCUCAUGGUGGCAGGUGAAAAUGGCUUCAACACUUCCACAGGUGAUGAUGGAGAUAACCAGGAAGAUUUUGCUGAAAAGAAAGGGGAGGCUGGGAAGGUAGAGAGUCUUCUGAAUAAAAAUAACUCUGAACUGACUUCCAUCAAUGAACACUCCACAGACAGGUCGUCCCUUCUGGAGAUUACACCACCCCCUGGGAAGACAUUUGAAAGGGAAGCAGCUGUUCCACUUCUUGCACAACCUGAGGAUGCUUUGCAAAAAGAGGCUGCUACACCUUCCACUUCUUCAGAUAAAGAAGAUUUCUUCCCAGGCAUAUCAGAGAAAACCCAGACUCCCACAGCAGCCCCAGAGAAUGCCACUGAAGGUGGGAUCAUGCUACUUCCCACUAAUACCGCACCAUCUGAGCCCAUGCAGCAGUUCACACCACCUGCUACUGCUGCUAAAGCAGUUAAAGAACUUACUGUGUCUGCUGGAAAUAACAUACAAGUGAUGUUACCCAAAAAUGAGGUUGAACUGAAUGCCUUUGCUGUCCCACCACCAUCUACAGAAACAGCCUAUACCUAUGAGUGGAGCUUAAUCAGUCACCCUGCUGACUAUAGUGGGGAAAUGGAGCACAGGCACAGCCAGACUUUGAAGCUCUCUCAUUUGUCAGUGGGACUUUAUGCCUUCAAAGUGACAGUUUCUGGUGAAAAUGCCUUUGGUGAAGGUUUUGUAAAUGUCACAGUCAAACCAGCAGUCAGAAUUAACCAGCCACCUGUUGCUGUUGCUUCACCCAAAGUGCAAGAAGUUUCCUUGCCUACAACUUCUACCUUCAUCGAUGGCAGUCAAAGUAUAGAUGAUGUGAAGAUAGUGAGUUACCACUGGGAGGAAAUUAAAGGUCCCCUGCGAGAGCAGAAGGCAUCUGCUGACACACCUGUCUUGCACUUGUCUAACCUUGUUCCUGGAAACUACACCUUCAGACUUACCGUGAUUGAUUCAGAUGGAGCAGCCAACUCCACCAUUGCAUUUCUGACUGUCAACAAGCCAGUGGAUUACCCACCUAUUGCUAAUGCAGGACCAAAUCAGGCAGUCACUUUGCCCCAGAACUUCAUCACACUGAAUGGAAACCAGAGCAGUGAUGACCAUGAAAUUGUCAGCUAUGAGUGGUCGCUCAGUCCCAAAAGCAAAGGCAAGGUUGUAGCAAUGCAGGGAGUGCGGACGCCGUACCUGCAGCUCUCUGCAAUGCAGGAAGGAGAUUACACGUUCCAGCUGACUGUGACAGACUCUGCACGGCAGCGCUCCACAGCCGAGGUCACACUGAUUGUGCAGCCUGAAAAUAACAGUCCUCCAGUAGCAGUGGCUGGCCCUGACAAAGAAUUGACCUUCCCAGUAGAAAGCACUACACUGGAUGGAAGCAAAAGCCGAGAUGACCAAGGCAUUGUCUUCUAUCACUGGGAAAAUAUCAGUGGGCCAAGCUCUGUACAGAUGGAAAAUGAUGACAAGGCAAUAGCAACUGUGACUGGUCUCCAGGUUGGUACCUAUCACUUCAGGCUGACUGUCAAAGACCAGCAGGGCUUGAGCAGUGCAUCUGUGCUCUCCAUUACUGUGAAGGAAGAGAACAACAGUCCACCCCGGGCACAUGCUGGUGGGAAGCAUGUUCUAGUGCUUCCAAACAACUCUGUUACCUUGGAUGGCUCAGGGUCUGCUGAUGACCAGGGGAUUGUGUCAUAUUUGUGGAUUCGGGAUGGUCAAAGCCCAGCAGCUGGAGAUGUGAUCCAUGGCUCAGACCACGAGGCAGUACUGCAGCUAACUAACCUUGUGGAAGGAACCUAUAUUUUCCACUUGAAAGUGACAGAUGCUAAGGGAGACUCAGAUGUUGAUUCAGCAACUGUUGAAGUGCGGCCUGAUCCCAGAAGGAGUGGUCUGGUGGAGCUGAUCCUGCAGGUUGGAGUGGGACAGCUAAGUGAGCAGCAAAAGGACACUCUGGUGAGACAGUUGGCUGUACUGCUGAAUGUUUUGGAUUCAGAUAUCAAAGUUCAGAAGAUACAAGCCUACUCAGAUAUAAGCACCGCAGUUGUGUUCUACGUACAGAAUGGGCAUCCUUCCACAGUGAUCAAGGCAUCAGAAGUCUCACGGACUCUGCAUGUGCAGCUUUUGAAACAGAAGGCUGACUUCUUGCUUUUUAAAGUCCUGCGAGUUGACACAGCUGCCUGUCUUUUGAAAUGCUCUGGACAUGGGCACUGUGACCCCAUAACAAAGCGCUGCAUUUGCUACCAGCUGUGGAUGGAAAACUUGAUUCAUCGUUACCUAAAUGAUGGAGAGAGUAAUUGUGAGUGGAGUAUACUCUAUGUGACUGUAUCUGUUUUUAUUUUGAUUGUGGUCAUGGUAGGGCUUGCCUGGUUCUGCAUCUGCUGCUGUAAAAGCAGGAAGAGAACAAAGAUUAGAAAGAAAACAAAAUAUACCAUCCUAGAUAACAUAGAUGAACAGGAGAGAAUGGAGCUACGGCCCAAAUACGGUAUAAAACACAGAAGUACAGAACACAACUCCAGUCUGAUGGUCUCUGAGUCAGAGUUUGACAGUGAUCAGGACACUAUCUUCAGCAGAGAAAAGAUUGAAAGAGAGAAUUCUAGAACACUUAUAAAUGGGUCCCUCAGAAAUGGAGUUUCCUUCAACUACAGCUCCAAAGACAGAUAACUGAAUGAGGGUAAAAGCACAGAACGCACUGGUGAGACACAUCUGAAAUAUGUUGGCCCACCUCUGUUUUUCCAGAACCAAAAUCAUCUUCAAAUAUCCACUAAUUGCAGAUUAAAUUUUUAGCACAGAUAGGGGAAGGAAGAAGGAGGGAGAAAGGGUGGAUGGUCAGCUAUCUCCUAUUGUCACCAUUAUAGGAAUAAGAAAAAGCACCUCUUAUUUCUUGCAUGUUCUGUGCUGAAUGUUUGAACUUCAGAAGGCCUUUUUUUCUAUAUCACUGCUACAAGAGUAGCCAGAGCUGUUCUGCUACAAGCUCUGGUAACUAACAAUGGCUUACAGAUUCAUAUGUGCUCCUGAUGCUCUCUUUGAGAAGUGGUAUGAUUUCCAACAGAAAAAGCCAAUAUAGAUGAAGUUCCUUACAACUAUAGAGAGCAAUAUAUUGCCACAGGGUCCAUCUUAAUUUUCAGUUUAGGAUGGAAACACAAAGAGCAUUUUUUGUGCAUUGCCUUUAUCCAACUGUACUUUGUGACUUCCUUUUCUAGGGUAGUGUUCAUUGGGUGAAAACAUUCUUGUUUUCAGAGAAAGUUAACAACUAGAGCAGUUGCACUGGAUCAGCUGUAAUGUAACAUGGUAUAUCUGAGUCCUGUAGGAUGCAACGUUCCCUGUACUCACAUAGGAGGUGUGAUGCCUGCUGGGAAAUCCAGCCUUAGGUGUCUUCUGUAAUGAUCAAGUUGCUCUGGCUCUGCCAUGUCCAUCCAGGAAACUGUAGCAGGAAGGACUUGGUGCAAUGAGCCUUGAGAAGCAUUUUGAGCGUCCCAAACAACCUUUUUAGAUCACUUUGUGGAGUUCUGGACCUUUUAAGACUGAAUGCUCAGCUGAGGUGAGUUUUCAUCUGUCAGCAUCAAGUGCUCAGUUAAAGAAUGUGCUGGGCUCUUGUGCUGUGAAAUGUUUGUGGCAAAUACCCUGUGUGGAGCAGGAGGUUCAUUGUACUUUCAUUGUCGUGGUAAUUGGUACUGAGCAGUGUUUUAGAUUGAACAUGAGAUUGUUUGACUUUUUCCUCUCUUGCUGUUGUGUGACUGGAUGUGUUGGCCUAAAGAGAUCCUUUUAGGUCUUUGGCAAGGGUAGGUGUAUUGCAGUUCUGACAUUGUAGUUCACAAUCUGGGUCAUUUCUUCACAGUCUGCUUGUUAGGCUUUGAAAUCAUGGCCCCAAAACUGCUUUUGAAAUCCACAACUGAAGACCUGACUUUUAUACACAGGGCUCACUUGUGGGGGCAUGUGUGUUGGUGUUACUGUUUAGCCAUUACCAGCUAUUCCUGAGGGUCCUCUACUGAUAUACUGAAGUCUAGGGCUGAGAUGGAGGCAUGAUGUGUUUUGAUGGAGAAAACCUUUCUCUGGGAACAUUUUUGAAGAUUUUUUUUUUUUUAAUAUUUUGGGAGUUUGUUUUGGUUUUGUUCAAGUUUUUUAAUCCAGUGGUAGAGAACCCAGUAUCAGAGGAUGAAACAGUAUAGGAAGCAGUUUAGAAGGGUUGGGGAAGACACAAGCCCAUUUCCUUCAUGAGGAAUAAUGUAGAGAAUUUUGGGGCUUUCUCUGUCCUUUCUUAGAAGUCUGACACAAUAGAGUAGCUGGGUUGAACAUUUUAGCUUCUGUGCUUCUCUUAUUAAUGGACUUGGGCAACAGUCAGAACUGCCUAGGCUGCAAGAAAUCAGUGGCCAAAAGUAGCAGCAACAUAGCAUGCUCAUAACUUGUUUCAUACUUUUGAUUCUCAAGUGCAGUCAUCAACAGUCCCUAAGGCUACUAAUUCAGCACUAAGGAGUAAUUACCCUGUGUGAGCAGCCCUGCAUUUUUCUGGAGAAAUUUGUGUGGCUGCAGGAGUCAUUGUGGUGGGAGAGGCUGGGAAGAGAGAGCUAAAAAGGGCUAAUACAGGUGUUGUUUAUGUUUUUCCCGUAUUAUCAGCAAAGUGCAGUAUGAAUGGUAUGAUUUGCUUUCUUCAGAAACCAACUCUGUGUAUGGGGGGUGUAGGCUAUUUCUUGAAACCCAUUUUAUCACACUCUCCCUUGUCUUGAGAGUGUG